AUGCGCGCGAAAACGUUGACCAAGCUAUUAGCCGACCGAUGCGGCAUGAUGCGCCUCCGUCGCUUCAGCCAGCCGCCUUCGCGGCGUUUUGAAGAGUCCGACGACUCAUCGACGGAUAACAAGAAACCGCCGACGCCGCCGGGCGACGAAGACUGUUGCAAGAGCGGCUGCUCCAACUGCGUUUGGCUCAAGUACGCCGAAGCCCUCGUCGACUACUACAAGGACGGCGGGGUCAAGGCGCAAGAGGCCAUCGCCAAGAUACCCGACGACAUGGUGCGCGAGUUUGUCAUGAUGGAAAUAGCCUCCUGGCUUCGCAACAAGUAG